AUGUCGCCAGUAAAGAAUUUUGACAUAGCAAUUGUUGGUGGUGGGAUCGCGGGGCUAACAUUGGCAAUUGCUCUUAACUCUCGCUCGAUUCCCUUCACCAUCUAUGAGCAGGCAUCUUCGUUUGCAGAGAUUGGGGCGGGUGUCUCCUUCAGCCCCAAUGCUGUCCAGGCUAUGAAAGUUUGCCACGAGGGCAUUUACGAAGCAUUCGAGAAAGUGUGUACCAGAAACUUGUCACCCUCAAAACAAAAAGUUUGGUUCGAUUAUGUGGACGCAUACAGCGAUGUAACAUCCAAUGGUACCCUUGAUACGGCUUUCACUGUUUCGAAUAGCCUCGGUCAGAACGGCGUACAUCGCGCCCAAUUUCUGGACGAGGCGGUCAAACUCAUUCCCAAACAUCUUGCGAGGUUUGGUAAACGACUUCAAAGCAUCACUGAAGGUCUCAACGGUAGACUCGUGAUGCGAUUCGACGAUGGAACCGUAGUAGAGGCUGACGCGAUCAUUGGCUGUGAUGGGAUCAAAUCGCGGGUCCGUCAAGCCAUCGUUGGAGCCGACCAUCCAUCCGCUAAGCCUGUUUAUACGCAUAAAUACGCAUAUCGUGGACUGAUUCCAAUGGAGGAUGCGUGUGCUGCAGUUGGUGAAGAGCGAGCUCAGAAUGCUUGCAUGUAUAUGGGGCAUGACAAACAUGUUCUGACCUUCCCUGUGAACCACGGAAAGACCCUGAAUUUGGUCGCAUUCAGAACUACUUCGGAGGACUGGCCCGAUACUCAGAGAUUAACCAGGCCAGGCCAACGGGAGCAACUUUUACAUGACUUUGAGGAUUAUGGUCCCGCCGCCAUCAAAUUAUUGAAGCUGGUCAACCCGAAACUCGAUGUGUGGGCAAUAUUUGACCUCGGCUACCCCGUCCCAACCUUUUACAAGGGCCGCAUUUGCAUUUCAGGCGAUGCCGCUCACGCUACUUCUCCACACCAUGGCGCUGGGGCUGGAUUCUGCAUUGAGGACAGCGCGAUGUUGGCGGAGCUGCUGGCAGACGAGCAAGUCAAGACACAGCAUGACCUGGAAGCAGUCUUUGCUACUUAUGAUGCAGAGAGGCGAUCAAGGGCACAGUGGAUGGUGGAGAGCAGUCGGUGGGUCGGAGACUGCUAUGAAUUACGUGCAGAAGGGGUCGGAAAUGACUUCACGAAGAUUCAGGAUCAAAUCAAUGAGAGGAAUGGGAUCAUUACUAAUGUCAAUAUAGAAGAGAUGUGUGCAAAGGCCAAGAACGAGCUGCGGAGGAGACUCUCUAAGCCACUGGGAGAUGAAAAGUUGUAA